AUGAAAGCCCAGAUCGUGCGCCGGCCUCCGUCGUCAAAGGUAGUUGUUCCGCCUAUCAACUUUGCAUGCGUAGAGCGCGCGCUGUAUCGCUGCGGGCAGCCAGCGCCAAUCAACUUUCCGUUUCUCAAGGAGCUCCGGCUCAAGACGAUUGUGUGGCUAGCCGUGGAGGAUCCUAGCGACCAGUUUUUUGCAUUUGCAGAUGAGCACGGGAUUGACGUGCACCACCUGGGGAUUGUGACAGAGGGCUCAAAUCCAUGGGACCAACUGACUGAGUCGUCAAUCGUGACAGCCCUUAAUAUCAUCAUGCGAAAGGAAGCCUACCCACUCAUGGUGUGUUGUGGCAUGGGCCGCCAUCGCUCCGGAACGGUGAUUGGGUGCCUGCGCCGGUUGCAGGGCUGGAACCUUGCGUCUAUCUCAGAGGAGUACCGGCGGUUUGCCGGUGCGCGCGGUGGCCGUGUGUUGAUUGAGCUACAUAUUGAGGCCUUUGAUACGGCUACAGUGGAUAUUGAUAUGGAUAAUGUCCCGCAAUGGUACCGGACAAACCUGACGCAACAAUACCAGCACCAGCAACUGAUACGGGAUGAAGAAAGGGAAGAAAAUAAUCAGGAGGAACCGGCGACAGGUUUGCCGACAAAUGCUUCUCUUAAUAAUGAACUUAGCACACACCAGAUUCAAACGACAGUUUCGUGA